CGGAAGUAGGUUCUAUGCUGGAGGACAGUCACGUGGUCGUACAGCUUUCCCAGAGCCUCAUGUUGUGUCUGAAGUCCGGUGGAUGGGAACUUAGAGAAAUGAUUAUAGAUUCCUGGGAGACCUAAACACGUGAUGGAUCAAGAGAAGACAUUUACAGUUCUCUUGGUCGGAGAGGGGAAUUUUUCCUUCUCGUCUUCCCUCUGUGACACCAGCCAAGAAAUACAUCACAUUACAGCCACCUGCUAUGAGCCAGAAGACGUUGUGUGUAAACAGGAUCUUACUUGGAGAAAUGUCCAGCACCUUAGAAGUAAAGGAGCAGAGGUUUACUUUGGAGUGGAUGCUACAAAACUACAUGAAUACUCCUUUCUCAGCUGUCAUCUUUAUGACAGAAUUAUUUUCAACUUUCCUCACUGCGGGAGAAAGGCAGGAGUGAAGAAGAACAGAGAUUUGCUGUCUAAUUUCUUUCACAGUUGUGCAGAUGUUCUUUUUCCAAAAGGGGAAGUCCAUGUAGCCUUAUGCCAAGGGCAAGGUGGCACUCCUGCUGAUCAGCCUAAGAGAGAAUGGCAUAACAGCUGGCAGGUGGUUGCCAUGGCUGCAACGGCGGGGUUCAUCCUGUCUUCGGUGCUCCCGUUUGAUUCUGAUAGGUACUGUCGUUACCAGAGCACUGGGUACAGGAGUCAGGAGAAAUCAUUCCAUUUAAUUGGAGCCUUGAAUCAUGUAUUCACCAGAAGUUUACCAGUGAAGAACAUAAAAGCAUUACAAAUAAUCGAUAUGUUAACUUCUGUUCAGGAUCUACAAUGCGAUGAUGCUGAAGUAGACAGGGGUUUUCUAGGGAAGACAUGUCACCCCAUCAAUGUAUUACAUAAAGAACUGAUAAAGAAUUGUGAAAAGAAUAUUCAAGUAAGUGUUAUAGAAGACAUGUUUCCCCUUAUUUGUCCUAACAACACUUGCUUCCAUCAUACUCCACAUUCAUUCGUAAUGCCUGAUAAAGGCUGGAGUGCAGCGGAAAGUUCUGAUGACUUCUAUAAGAAGCCCCUAUGUUCUGUCGAGCAGGACAAGAAACCAGAAACUUACCUGGCUGAUAUCUGUACCAAUCAUACCAUAGGGCUGUAUCACCUAAGACCAUCGCUUACAUGCUUUAUGGAUGACAUCACUUGUAAGUCCAACUUUAGACCAAAUGUUCUGACUAUUGUAAGCGGGCUUGUUUUCAGAAAGUGCUUAGUAUCGCUUACAACCAUGCCAGUUUACCAUGAGAUGCUCAUGUUGUUGGAUUAUCGCAGUAACACUCCUAAAGCUCAGCUCCAGCUGUUCAUAGACACUAUUAAGACAGCCAUAGAUACCAUUGCUGCGUCUGUCAUCUCCGAUGCUACGGAAACUGUGGACGUUCAGAAAAUGGAAAGACACAGCGUAAGGUUUAAUCAGAAAAAUGAAGAAGAGUAUACCAUCACCAUGUCGCCUACACACUGUGAUCAGAUAAUAGGGACUAUUAAAGUGGUUCCCCCUAAACAUCAAUACACAGACUCUGGGGCUCAUGUAGUUACUCUGAAUUUAGAUUCAAUAGCCAUGAGUCUUCUGGACAUUAAAGACUGGCGAUUGCUUUGGACGGAAGAUAAAAGAUUCAUUGAACAAUUUCAUCAUCGUGUCUUAAAACCUUUUCAGAGCUUUUCCCUAUAUCCUCCGUAUUACAUUCACGAUGUUAGUUUUUGGGUCAAGGGUCACACUGUAUUUGAUGAUGUGGAGUUUCACACCAUAGCACUUCGAAUGUCUAAAGGAAACAUUGUGAACAUUCAACUGCUGGACCAGUAUGAAAAUGUUGAAACUGGAAACAUUGGUCUGUGUUACCGUCUGAUAUAUCAGUCUUGUGAUCGAGCCCUAAGUUACAAGUCUGCACUGGGAAUGCAGCUAAAACUGAGGGAUGAGCUGCAUCGGUGUUUACAGGUCACUCUCAGAUAGCAUGCUAUAGUGCU